CCGAGCGAGGCCUAGUGCCAUGUACUGAUCAUCCAACAGUUGCAGCACCGGUGAGCGAUGACCAUUUACGGCAUUUGUUAAUCCGAUCCAGCACACCAUUCUUCCAAAGCAAGAGCUUAAAGAACUCGGUAAUGCUAUCCGCGUGAUCAGACACGACGUCGCUUUUAACAACUUGUACUGUGCGGCAAGUUUGUCAAAGAGGCGGACAAGGGGAUAAGCAUGGAAGAUGAAUCGAUGCAAUUGACCUGGACCAGAAGAUCCUGCGAGCUGCUGCGAGCUAGGCGAAGGCAACGGGCUUGGGUGGCUCUGGCUCGCGGCGGCCGGCGUCCGCUGCAUCAAUGGCGGCAGUGACGCUGUCCGUGCUCCUCCUCGUCGCCGGCGUCGUGGCCAUGCUCGUGCUGCACAUCCUCAUCGUCUUCUGGGCGCUCAGGCGGGGCAUCACGCGCCGCGCCGCGGCGUCGCGGCAGGACGAGGAGCGCGCGGAGGGGCUGUCGGCCGAGGAUCUUGACGGGCUGCCGUGGCACGACCACGACCACGAGGGCAAGGCCGGCGAGUGCGCGGUGUGCCUGGAGGCGUUCCGGGCCGGGGACCGGUGCCGGGCGUUGCCGGGGUGCGAGCACGGGUUCCACGCGCAGUGCGUGGACCCCUGGCUGCGCAAGAGCCGCGUGUGCCCCGUCUGCCGCGCCGUCGUCGACACAGGCCGCGGCAAGGCGGCCGGCACGGUGGUGGCCGGCGAGGCUGCCGCCACGUCGGGGGUCGUGGCUGAAAGACAGGGGGGCGCGGAUCGGUAGCUGCGGCUUCGAUGAGUUCACCGCUUGAUUCGUUCGUGCCUGUACAUAUGCAAGCAGAAGUUCGCGAAAUUCGUAAUUACUAGUACUAUAUAGUAAUUCAGUUCAUCAUUUGUAAUUGCAAAGGAGAUUUGAUUCAAUCGAUAGUGAUUUACGAUUUGAGAA